CAAGGGGUGGGGCCAAGCCAAAGGGCCCCUCACUUGGGAGUUUCUCCAUUCCGUCAACCCUCCGGUCGGGGAACGUCCAAGGCAAGACUGGCACCGAGCGCAGCAGGGAAGCCUGUGGCCUUUUUCCAGUGACUGACCACACCUCACUUCCCAGGAAUCAUGGAGUCCUUUAGCUCCAAGAGUCUGGCACUGCAAGCAGAGAAGAAGCUACUGAGUAAGAUGGCGGGUCGGUCUGUAGCUCAUCUCUUCAUUGAUGAGACAAGCAGUGAGGUGCUAGAUGAGCUCUACCGUGUGUCCAAGGAGUACACGCACAGCCGACCCCAGGCCCAGCGGGUUAUCAAGGACCUGAUCAAAGUGGCUGUCAAGGUAGCCGUCCUGCACCGCAGUGGCUGCUUUGGCUCUAGUGAACUGGCCCUGGCUACCCGCUUUCGUGAGAAGCUGCGGCAGGGAGCCAUGACGGCACUUAGCUUUGGUGAGGUGGACUUCACCUUUGAGGCUGCUGUUCUGGCAGACCUGCUGACCGAGUGUCGGGAUGUGCUGCUGGAGUUGGUGGAGCGCCAUCUCACACCCAAGUCACACAGCCGCAUCCGCCACGUGUUCGAUCACUUUUCUGACCCCGGUCUGCUCACAGCCCUCUACGGGCCUGAGUUCACUCAGCACCUUGGCAAGAUCUGUGAUGGGCUCAGGAAGCUGCUGGAUGAGGGGAAGCUCUGAGAGCCCUGGGCCUAGCAUAUUCCAGCUCAGCAAAAUGGCUGAGUAAGAAAACAACAGAUAGUGGGCUUCCUAACCCCGCUUGCCUGCACUAACCUUUCAGUCCUCAGGCUUCAUUCUUUCCCAAGAGCACUUUGACUCAGACCAUCCCAUCUCCAAACUGUUGGUGGAGAAGGAACAAUACUAAGGGGUGAGGGCCCUCUCCCACUCAAGCCCCAGGACAGGAAACAGAGCUGUGUGAAAAGGCGAAGUGAAACUUGGAUCUCUGCAUCUCUUACAAGGGACUUCUGAAACAGGCAAGGCUCCUCCCACCCUCUGAACCAGGGAAGGGGACAGUGCCUAUAUAACCCAACUGGGACAGUGAGGACAGAAGGGGGGAAGGUGGCCCUUAGAGACAUAGCUUGGACAGAUACUAGAGGCUCUGCUCCACAGUGCAGGAAGAAGGGGCCAGGGCAAGGGAGAUUCUCUUAGAGGAAAUAAAACUACUGCAACAUG